GAUUUAUUCUUGGGACACAAAAAUAUAAAGCAACCUCUAAACCAACCCAGUGGAGAUGCUUUACCGUUGCUUCCGGUUGCUUCCAAUUCUCUGAAAAGUAAGUAAUUUUUGAAGUUUUUGAUUUAUUCUUGGGACACAAAAAUAUAAAGCAACCUCUAAAGCAACCCCAAUAGGAGAUGACACAUUUUAAUUGUUGAAGCUUCAAUCACAUUUCAUUUUGGCCCCUUAGUUAUACCCCGACAUUUGACGAAGCUGAGUUCUCACUUCUUUUCUCUGAUUAGACUCUCAAAAAAAGAUCUCAGUCCUAGAUCGCUCCAUUGACGAAGAAGGUACGUACGUAUGGGUCGCAAUUGGAUAUACGACGUCUUCCCAAGCUUCAGCGGUGAAGAUGUUCGUCACACAUUCCUCAGCCGCUUUCUCAAGGAGCUUGAUCGGAAACUGAUCAUUGCUUUUAAAGAUAACGAGAUCGAGAGAAGCCAAUCGCUUGAUCCAGAGCUUAAACGAGCCAUUAGGGAUUCAAGGAUCGCGGUUGUUAUCUUCUCCAAAAACUAUGCUUCUUCAAGCUGGUGUUUAAAUGAGCUUCUUGAGAUUGUUCGAUGCAAAGAUGAAAGCAAUCGAUUGGUGGUGAUUCCGGUAUUUUACGGUUUGGAUCCCUCUCAUGUUAGGAAACAGAUCGGAGAUUUUGGAAACAUAUUUGAGAAGACUUGUCAGAACAGAACAGAGGAUGAGAUCAAUCUAUGGAGGAGAGCUUUGAUCGAUGUAGCUAACACUCUCGGAUAUCAUUCUGCGAACUGGGAUAGUGAAGCAAAAAUGAUAGAAGAACUCGCCAAUGAUGUUUUAGUUAAACUGAGUUUAAAUCCAUCAAAGGAUGAUGUUGAUGAUUUUGUUGGCAUUGAAGAUCAUAUAGGAGAGAUGAGUUCAUUGUUGCGUUUAGAAUCUGAAGAAGUGAGGAUGGUUGGGAUUUGGGGUUCUUCCGGAAUUGGCAAGACUACUAUUGCAAGAGCUUUGUUUAGUCGACUCUCUCGUCAUUUCCAAGGUAGUGUCUACAUAGACAUUGCUUUUGUAUCUAAGUGUAGGAAGGAUUACUAUAAAGCCAACCCAGAUGACUAUAAUAUGAAGUUGCAUUUCCAAGGAGCUUUCUUGUCUGAGAUAUUUGGGAAAAAGGACAUAAAGAUGGAUCAUAUUAGUGCAAUGGAUGAGAGACUAAAGAACCAUAAACUUCUUAUUAUUCUUGAUGAUUUGGAUGAUCAAGUGGUGCUAGAUGCCUUGGUUGGUCGAACUCAAUGGUUCGGACGUGGGAGCAGAAUAAUUGCGAUUACUAAAGAUAAGCAUCUUUUGAGAGCUCAUGGGAUUUAUUGCAUUUACAAUGUUGGCCUCCCAUCUGAAAAGCAAGCUCUUCAGAUAUUUUGUCGAUCUUCUUUUAGGCAAGACUAUCCACCUGAUGGUUUCAUGGGACUUGCUUCUGAAGUACAAAAGCGUGCGGGUAGUCUUCCUUUGGGUCUUAAAGUUUUUGGUUCGUUAUUCCGAGGCAGGAGCAAAGAGGAUUGGGUGGAUCUGCUGCCUAGGCUUCGGAAGAGACUGGAUGGAAAAAUUGAGAAGACUUUGAGAGUCAGCUAUGAUGAGUUAGAUAGUAGAGAAGAUAAAGCGUUGUUUCGUCACAUCGCAUGUCUCUUCAAUGGUGCAAAAAUUGAUUACAUCAUAAUGGUCCUCGCAGAUAGUGAUUUGGAUGUUAAAAUAGGGCUGAAAAAUCUAGUUGAUAAAUCCCUCAUACAUGUAAGAGGGGAUAUUGUUGGGAUGCACUGUUUGGUACAAGAAAUGGGUAAAGAAAUCGUUCGUACACAGUCUAAUGAACCCGGGGAACAAGAGUUCUUGUUCGAUUGUAAGGAUAUCUGCGACGUACUUGAGGAUAAUACUGGUACAAAAAAACUCUUAGGUAUAUUGCUGGAUAUGUCGGGGAUUGAUGAGUUGCACAUUCAUGAGAGAGCAUUUGAAAAGAUGCGUAAUCUCUAUUUUCUAAAGAUUAACAAUAAACCAUAUAAAAAUGUCAGAUGGCACAUAUCCGAAGGGUUCAACUAUUUGCCCCCAAAACUCAAAGUACUAAGCUGGAUAGGAUGCCCAUUAAGAAGUUUGCCUUCUAAAUUUUGUCCCCAACACCUAGUUAAGCUCAAAAUGCAGAAUAGCAAGCUCGAGAAAUUGUGGGAAGGAGUUCAUCCCCUCGUAGGUCUCAGACUUAUGGAUUUCUCAGGAUCUAAGAACCUGAAAGAAGUGCCAGAUCUUUCGAUGGCCACCAAUCUUGAGAAAUUGUUGCUUAGACAUUGCUCAAGCUUGGUGAAAAUUACUUCUUCUAUUGGGCAUCUCCAUAAAUUGUUGGUGUUGGAAAUGAGUUGGUGCACGAAGCUUGAGGCUCUUCCAUCCGGAAUCAACCUGAAAUCUCUCAAUAGGCUCGAUCUCGCUAGAUGCGCAUCGCUGAGAACAUUUCCUAAUAUCUCAAGUAAUAUUUCAUGGCUUAAUCUAAGCCAAACAGCGAUUGAAGUAUUCCCCUCUAUCCUGCGGCUAGGUAAUCUGUGUACUCUCCAAAUGAAAGCAAUCAAGAGUCACAAAUUGUGGGACGGAGUGCAGCCACUUACAUGCCUCACAACUAUAGAUUUGUCGGGAUCUAAAAAGUUGAAAGACAUCCCAAAUCUUUCGCUGGCAACUAAUCUUGAGUGGAUGAAUCUCGAGGGCUGCUCAAGUUUGGUGGAGCUUCCUUCUUACUCUAUUAAGAAUCUGAAUCAACUCAAUUAUUUGAACAUGGAAAAUUGCAUAAAUCUAGAGACGUUACCCACCAACAUCAACCUUAAAUCUCUCGAUUGUCUCAAUCUUGGUGGAUGCUCAAAGUUGAGGGUAUUCCCUAAUAUCUCAAGAAACAUUAUCCUUCUCAUUCUAAACCAAACAGGGAUUGAAGAAAUUCCUUGGUGGGUCAAUAGAUUCUCUAGACUCAAUUGCCUACGUAUGAAGGAAUGCAAAAAUUUAAAAUAUAACUCUUCUAUUAUUUUGAAACGUCUUAAGGAGGUUGACUUGACAGACAGCGGGGAUUUCCAGGAUAGAUUGCGAAACGAUAGUUGGGACGAUUAUCCUGUUAUUCCAUUUCUGAAGAGUUUCUUUCCUCAUGAUCAAUGGCGCGCGAUCGAUUGUGCUAUAUAUCAGCUUGUAGAGUUCACGAAUUUUGCAGAGCUUGCUAUUCUACUUUCAUCUGUGGGUCCCAGCAAAGAAAAAGACGUUUUAAGUAUUCUUUUAUACCAUUUCUAUUGCGUAGACUUUAGAGCAUUUCUAUUGAGAAGGAAUUCAUCAUUGCUCAACAAAAACAAAAUAAUUAAUAUUUUAAUAUUAACUAAUUAAAAAUU